GAUCUCGCGCUGCGUGCUGCUCUGCUCUGCGCGUGGGCGUCUAGCUCUGUCUGAGGCGCGUGAAUGCACGAGUACAUAGGCAUUAUCUUCAUUUCCAGUUUCAUCGGCAAUUUACAGAAUGCGGAGGUGAAAACGGACGGUCUCGCCGAUCGAGGCACAAAUCCUUGACGGUAUAUGCUGGUAUUACACCAGUUAGUGUUAUUUUUCUUAUCUGAAAGCUGUUCCUGGGCGAGAAUCACGCAUGCAUUCAAACAGAGGAUUAUCGCGGAGGAACUGCCUCGAAACCAUGAGCUGCAGUUGGGGGACGGAGCUGUGGGAUCAGUUUGAUAAUUUAGAGAAACACACUCAGUGGGGCAUUGAGUUUUUGGAACGCUACACCAAGUUUGUGAAGGAACGGUCUGAAAUUGAACUGAGCUAUGCUAAACAGAUCAGGAAUCUGUCCAAGAAGUAUCAGCUCAAGAAGAACUCUAAAGAGGAGGAGGAAUUCAA